AUGAAGCAUGAACUGAGUCGGUCUGCUAUUCGCACGAACACAACUGAAAAAUGUACCAAUAAUAUUUACUUUAUAAAUGAAGGUUCACGACUCGGUAUUCACCAUUACGAAUCUCGGCCCCGCUCUUGCGGCUGGCAAACGAUUGUGUCGAAAGCCGCAGAGAAAACACCGCUACUGGCUUUGCGUGUCAUAGAGCUCAUUAUGGAAGCUGAUUUCCCUCAGGGCGUGAUUAAUGUUGUACUGGAUGCAGGCAAAUCCGGAUGCUGCCUCGCACAGCAACCGAACGCUGAAAAGGCCGCCUAUAUGGGCUCCACUGAGUCUGGCUAUUAUCUCAUGCGCACGUCCUGA